GCAAAGCAGCUAGCUAGCUACAGAGCCAGAGAGAUACGGAACGUUAGUUGUUUUGAGCAGCUAGCUAUCUAGUUAGCUAGGUAAGUAAUGGCACGGCGACAACAGUGGAGCAGGGGCGGCCUCGCGGCCGUGGCGGUGCUCGCCGUGCUGUGCGUGCUCUGCUCGGGCCACCCGGUGCCGGGCGGGCAUGGCAGCGGCGGCGGCGGGUUCGUCAACACGCUGCAGCCGCACUUCUACGACCACGCGUGCCCGCAGAUGCAGGCCAUCGUGGGCUCCGUCGUUGCGAAGGCGCACGCGGAGGACCCGCGCAUGGCGGCGUCGCUGCUGCGGAUGCACUUCCACGACUGCUUCGUGCAGGGGUGCGACGCCUCCGUGCUGCUGGACGCCGACGGCAGCGGCAGGUUCGUCACCGAGAAGCGCUCCAACCCCAACAAGGACUCGCUCCGCGGGUUCGAGGUCAUCGACGAGAUCAAGGCCGCGCUGGAGCACGCCUGCCCGCGCACCGUCUCCUGCGCCGACAUCGUCGCCGUCGCCGCGAGGGACUCCGUCGUCCUGACCGGCGGACCCGGCUGGGAGGUGCCACUGGGGAGGAGGGACUCGCUGACGGCCAGCCUGAGCGGCUCGAACAACCUCAUCCCUGCUCCCAACGACUCUCUCCCCACCAUCAUCGGCAAGUUCGCCAACCAAGGCCUCGACAUCGUCGACCUCGUCGCACUUUCAGGAGGGCACACCAUCGGCGACUCGCGCUGCGUGAGCUUCCGGCAGCGGCUGUACGGGCAGAACAACAACGGGCAGGUGGACCGGACGCUGAACCCGGCGUACGCGGCGGAGCUGCGGGGGCGGUGCCCGCGGUCGGGCGGCGACCAGAACCUGUUCGCGCUGGACCCGGCGAGCCAGUUCCGGUUCGACAACCAGUACUACCACAACAUCCUGGCCAUGGACGGGCUGCUCAGCUCCGACGAGAUCCUGCUCACGCAGAGCCGCCAGACCAUGGGCCUCGUCCACCGCUACGCCGCCGACCAGGGGCUCUUCUUCGACCACUUCGCCAAGUCCAUGGUCAAGAUGGGCAACAUCUCGCCGCUCACCGGGAGCGCCGGCGAGAUCAGGCACAACUGCAGGAGGGUCAACCACUAGUAAUUCUAAGGAGGGAUGCAUAUAUACGGCAAUCCGUGUGGUGCACAUCCUUUGAUGAUUUUCAUAUGUGGAUGCUUCGUAUUUCAUGCUUGGAUUUAAGUGUGCAGUAGUAUUUAAAUGGCUGGAAUUUCUGCAUUAUUUUGGUUGGAUUUAAGUGCGCAGUAGUAAAUGGUCGCAAUUUCUGUUUUAAUUUGGCUACGUUCUCGAGUGGAUUUUUCACUAUGUAAUUCGCCAUUCAUGUACCAAGAAACGAUUCAAUAAAAUUCAUCUUUCGUGUCGUUGCCGAACUACUC